CAUUGUUAUGUAACCCUUCCCAAUAAAUGUAAUUUCAUAGUAUCAAAAAUGAAAAAAUCCUUCCAAAAUAUUCCCUCCCCAGUUUUCCUCUGUUACCAAAAAGCUUCUCUCCUUUUUUUUUUUCUUCUCAUUUAAUUUUUUUUUUUCAUCCUGAGUCUUUAUCCAUCUGCUUAUAAAUAGAGCCUUUUUCCCUUGUUUCCCUCUCUAUCUUCCUCUCCAAUGUGCCAAACACAUUGAGGCCUAACUAACAUUCCACCAAAUAAACCCAGUGAAAGAAAAGGGAAGAAGGAUAACAGGGGAUUAACUAAUUCAUUUGUUUUAAUUCCACAAUGUCAGCCUACCAGGACAAUGAUCCUCGAAUCCAUGCCAUUCAAUCAAGAAUCCGGGUUGUGCCCAAUUUUCCCAAACCAGGCAUAAUGUUUCAAGACAUAACUACACUUUUGCUUGACCACAAAGCCUUCAAAGACACCAUUGAUUUGUUUGUGGAUCGGUACAAGGGCAAAAACAUCUCAGUUGUAGCUGGUAUAUACACUUAAAUUCAAAAGCACCCCCUUCGUUUUGUUUUCUGCUUGUUUGCCCAUCAUUUUUACCUCACAUUUCUACUGCGGGUCCUACUCAGGAAAAGGGAUGGUAAGGUUGAGAAAACAUUGUGAAGUUGAGUGCCAUUUUUUUUUUUUUAAAAAAAAAAUUAUCCCUUUUUUCUUUACAUGACAGUGGUGAUAUAGUGAAAUUAAUAAAGUUUUAUGUAAAUGUAUGAUCUUUUCUCUUUUUCCUUUUUGGGGUUUUAUAAAGUUUGAUGUCUUUUUGAUGUUUGUUCUUUUUCAAUGUUCUGAUAAUAAAUAAAGAUCAAAACUUUGGGUGUUUAAGUGCAGAAAGUUUUGAAAUUUGGUUGCUGGAGGUUUAUGUGUGUUGUUUUGCCAUUUAUGGUCACUGGCAAUGUAGGAGUGACUGAAUUUGUUUUGGGGGGGUUGACCAUGAGAGGGUCGGUGCGCUUUUUAUUUUUUAUUUUUAUCAUUUAAUUUUUUCUUGGUGGGGAUUGCCUGUUAAUGAUUUAUUUCUCAGAAGGAAUGAACUGUGAAUGGCUCCAAAGGGGAGGCAUGUGCUCAGCUUCCUAUUUAGAUUUUGAAGUUUUAAUGGUGAUGUUGGUUGGUGAAGGGAUGGAUGCCCACAUUUGAAAAUGAGCUUAUGGCCCCCUCUUUGAUUAUUUUUCACCCUUAAGUUUCAUGAGAAAAAGUUAUUUUUCGUUUCAAAAUGCUUAUGGUAAAAUGGUUUCACCAACUUACUGUUGGAUGAGUGAGUUUUCCAUCUUUUUUCUGGACCUCUACUGGUCAUCAUCAUUUUUGAGAUGUUAUAAUUCAGGAUGACACCUGAGUGGCACUGAGGUUUGUAUGGUGAAUGAUGACCAUCAAUUAUUGAUGGAAAGGGUUGUUGAUGGAGGUCCAUAAUCACCACUAUACUAUAAUGGCUUCUUUGUCUUUUUCCCUGCCAUUGGUGAAUGCUACUCUGUCGGCUUUGUUUAUUUCAUCCUAGAAUUGUUGAAGCCUCAUUGGGCUGUAACUACUACAGUUGGAAUGAGUGGAGCAUUUGCAUUUUCCUAUUAGGCUGUUCGUCCCCCCUUCCCGUCCUUUCUCUGGCUCUCUUCUUAGUUUUCACAUUCCCAAUUCUUCUAUUCGUGAAUUAUCAGUUAAUCGUUUUAAAGUUAUCAAUGAGUUAUCUUUAGGACCGAUCAAUUAGUAUUAUCAUGUAUGAUUGUAGUUCACUACCUGAUCUCCUUUUCUUAAAAACCAUUUAUUGCAGUCUCUGUUAUUCAAUUAUUGCAGAUAAAAAGUUUUUGGACUGCAUAUGAUUGCAGUACUCUAGAUGGCUUCCACAUCUUCUGAAAAGUUCAUAGGAGUUUCCCUAUGUGAAGCUUUUCAACUAUAAGGGGCCUAGUUCUCUCCAUUUCUCUCAAAAAGAAAAGAUGACACCAUAAAGUUUUAUUUCAUCAUGAUUAAUUUACUUCUUGUUUUUGUCCUUGUGUUUAUCCUUGGUAAUUUGUCCAGUUCUUCUCUGCUCAUGCGGACAUUUUUGUCCUUUUGUGUAAACAUAAUAAAAAUUUGACAGAUUCAGUUUGUUAAGAUAUAUUUGUCAACAGUGAAUAUCACAACUCUAAACUUUGUUUUGCUAUGUAUCAAAGUUGUGUAGUAUCACUGUAGUAAUUGCUUUGUUGGUUGGCAUAAUAAUAUUCUUUAAUGCAGAUCCCAUUUAGUUUGUGGGAUAUCAGGAUUUUUACUACUGAAAGAAAGAAAGCAUUAUUCACCACCAAGAACUGUGGGGCAUGCCUGCCUAGGUUUUGAUUCUUUGUUUGAAUGAUGGGUUUCAUACUAUUUUUUUUUUGUGUCUUAAAAUUGAUUAUGAAGAUGGAGGUUUCUUCCUGGUACUGAUUGAGUUUGUCUGCCUACAAUUAGUGGAUAAAACAUUCAAAAAAAGAUAUAUUCGAAAAUCAAAGCAGCUGUUUUGGGCUGUAUCUAGUGGAUUGUACAUGGAAUAGAAUUGAGCUUUUACAUGGACUGAAAACUGCAUAUUGUCUUGCAUAUUAUGCUCAAUUCCUGCUUGACUGCUGUUGCAAGUGGCUUGGUCUUUGGAUUUGGAGUCUUUCUUGAUGUUUUCAGCUGAAAUGAAGAUCUACUAGUGAUGAUUUUUGGACGGCCUAGUUUGUCCUUUGCUCAUUAUACUCCACGUCAAUCACCUUAGUUUCAAACGACAAAAACAUAGAACAAAGUUGCAUCAGAAACUUUCUGAAGCAAUGCCGGCAACUUUAAUGAUGACUCAUUGUUUUUGUUUUUUAAUAUGUGGAAGAUAAGCGUAGCUCUUGAUCCUGCAAUUUUUUUUGUUUGUAUAUGGCUGUCAUUUGGCUUCUCCACUCCCCCAGAUGAAAAAUUUGAUCUCUCUGGCUGGUAAGUAAUUAGAUGAACUCAUUUUCCUGGCUGUAACAAUGUUUGCCACCCAACUUUUGUCCCUUUUUCUGUUCAAUAUGUGUCCUGUUAUCUGUAUUGUGUCCCGAGACUCUGGAUCUUCUAACCGUGGGUCAUUGUCAUGAUAAGCUUUUGUGGUGAGCAGCGUAUCUUUAAAUAGAUCUUUGUGAUGUGUUGGUGGAAUUUUUCUCUUGUGCUCCAUGAAAAGAAUGAAAUUAGUUUAGGUCAAUUCACGAGAAUAUAAUGAAGUCAUCCAGAGACAACAGAAAAUAUGAAGUGGCAUUUGUAGGAUAACUUGGCAUCUCAUGUCGUGUACUCUUUGCACUACUGCAGGAAUAGAAGCUCGGGGCUUCAUAUUUGGACCUCCGAUUGCUCUGGCAAUAGGGGCAAAAUUUGUCCCUCUGAGAAAACCAAGAAAACUUCCAGGUAAAGUCUAUAGACAAGAAUAUGAUCUGGAAUAUGGGAGUGAUUGUAUUGAAAUGCAUGUUGGAGCAGUCGAACCUGGAGAGCGUGCUUUGGUAGUUGAUGAUCUUAUUGCAACUGGUGGCACUCUUUGUGCUGCUAUGAAUUUACUGGAACGCGCCGGAGCUGAAGUAAUCGAAUGUGCUUGCGUGAUCGAAAUACCCGAGUUAAAGGUGUGCACUUCUCUAAUACAUGCAUCUAUUUUCCUGCUGUUAUUCUGUAGCAUCUCUUUCUGCUUGAGGGGAUAUUUGACUUUUUAGGCCCAACAUUGACAUGAUUUGAUUGAGUCAGCUGAAGCAUAAGCAUCAUUCUUCCUUUUGGAUUGCUGUUUAGUAUUCCUUGUCUUCCACAGCACUAAUAUUUUCCUCCAAAUUACAAACACUUUCAUUUCUAAUUAUGAAGAUUCUGUAGUCUAUGGAGAGUGAUUAUCGUGGUAGAAAGACACACUGAUGCUUAUUUCUCAGCACAUAUAUUCAUAGGUCAAACUUGUGCGUAAUGAAGUUCUCUUUGAGGUCCAUCAUCUUGUCUUAGCCAUGCCUUAAAGACAAAAAACCAAAUAACAAAUUCUUUUCCUUUUUCUUUUGUAAUAGGAUUUGAUAUCAUCAUCAUAUCAAUGAUUAUUAUUAUUUUGAUCCAAUUUUUCACUUUCUUGGAUGAUGAUGUAGGGCCGGGAUCGAUUGAAUGGGAAGCCAUUGUACGUUCUUGUGGAGUCACAAUAGAUUUUUUUUUAGUAGCCAAAAUUGAUGGAAAUAAUUUGUUAUUUCUUGCUGCAGCGUGCAUGAUUUAAAAACAGAAAUGUACAUUAGAGGGCCCUCCUCCCUAUUAUUAUCGAGAAAGUAAUUUUUCCCCCUGAAAUUGCUUUCAUUUCACCAUUUAGUAUUAUUAUUAUUAUUAUUACUCUCGUCAUGUGAAAUUCUAGGUAAGGAAAUUUGUCCUUGUGUUUUUUUUUUCCAUUUUGUAGCGUUUAGGAGUGGCCUGAUUUGGAGAUGAGACAUAUGCAACCGCGCAUUCUUCAUUUUUUUAAUAAUUAAUUAACAAAGAUAUGUCUUUAGCGGACCGCUAUAAAAAUUAAUGUUACGUUAUUAAUUUUCAUUUUAACUCGUUAAUAACAAUUUCUUACUCCAGGGAGUUGGAAUUAUUGUGGUUUACAUAGUUUGUAAAAACCCCCCCGUAAAGGUAUCCUUGG